AUGGGAAGAGGAAAGAUAUUGAUUAGAAGGAUAGAUAAUUCAACAAGUAGGCAAGUGACUUUCUCUAAGAGAAGGAAUGGGUUGUUGAAGAAAGCAAGGGAGUUAUCUAUCCUUUGCGAUGUUGAGGUCGGUUUGAUCAUCUUUUCUAGCACCGACAAGCUUUACGAUUAUGCCAGCACUAGCAUGAAAUCUGUCAUCGAUCGCUACAACAACCAAAAAGAACAUCAUCAACUAAUGAAUCCCGCUUCUGAAGUCAAGUUUUGGCAAAGGGAGGCAGCAAGCUUGAGGCAACAACUACAACACUUGCAAGAAUACCACAGGAAAUUGAUGGGAGAAGAACUAUCUGGUUUAAGUGUCAAAGAUCUACAGAACCUGGAAAACCAACUUGAAAUGAGUUUGAAAAGUGUCCGUAUGAAAAAAGUAUGACAGCUUCAGAAUUGGAUGAAAUUUUUACCUAUAGCAUUCAAGAUCAGAUGAUAAUAUUUAAUGCAACUGCUCCUCUGUUAUUUUUUUCUUGUAGGACCAAAUUCGAACAGACGAAAUCAAAGAGCUAAACAGCAAGGUUUCUUUGAAAGUUUUGCUGCAAUUUUAUUUUUUCAGAUUUACAUCUGUAGAUAUUUUCUGGUUGUGUAAUUUUCCUUUAUUCAA